UAUAAAAUAAAUAAAUUUUUCUCAAUAAAUUAAAAUAUAAUUUUUAUUAAAAGUGUUAUUGAAAUUAUGAAUUAAUUUUCUUAAAUAAAUGUAUAAAAAAGGAUUUGCCUGAAAUAUAAAGUUAUAAAAAUUAAAAUGAAAAAAUAUUCUUUUACCACUGUCAUUUCUUUGUUCUGAUCACAAUUCAUAACAAAUACAAAAGAAAAAAAAAAAAGAAAAAUUACUGCGUAAAUUUCUAAAUUCGCAAAAAUUUUAUUAUAGCAUUACAAUAACUUAUACAAAAAUAGGAACAGCUCAAAAAUAGAAAUAAUAAAUGUCAACUAAAUGAGUUUGAAUUUUUCUAAAUAAUUAAAAUAAUUCAAAGGGUUCAAAAUGUCUUGGCUGUCACCAUUUGCUGGCCUUGAAAAGAAAAUUUGUAGAUAUUUACUUCAACGCUAUUUGGGACAAUUUCUUGAAGAGAAAUUAAAUUUAGAUCAACUAAAUAUUGAUCUUUAUCAAGGGAAAGGUACUGUAAAAGACGUAGCAUUGAACUGUGAGGCACUUAAUGAAGUAUGUGAAAAUCAAGGAUGGGGUGUAGAAGUAACUGGAGGACAUGUUGGAUCAGUUGCAAUUACAGUACCAUGGAGUGCUCCAAUGACGGAGGACAGCUCUAUAGAAGUUUGUGAUUUGUCAAUAUCAUUACGUCCAGUAUUUAGACCAAACGACGGAUCUUUAAUGUUAGAAUCUAUGUGGUCAUCAAUGAGUAGUUCUAUGCAAUUAGCGCAGGAAUGCUUACGGAAAGAAUCAGACGAGAGCAUUUUUAGUGCACAAACGGCCAGUAUAGAAGGUUUAGAAAAAUUUGCACAAACAAUAGAUAGCGUUUUGAACCGAAUCAAAGCAAAAUUUUAUAAUACCGAAAUAAGAUUUGAAUAUCAAUUACCAGGGCAGCAAAAUGGAAUAGCAAUAAUAAUUAAGGUUGAUCAUCUUGAUUACCAAAAUGAAGCCGGUAAUGAUCCAUUAGAAAUUACUACAGAAGAUAUAGACUCUGAUUACACAGAAAAACAGAAAACUCAUUUAUUAUCAACUUAUGCUACUCAUCACAUUUCUAUAGAUGGAAUUACAUUUUACACGGAAGAAUUUCGAAUAGGUUCAGUGGGUGAAACUGAAACAUCAAAUCCAGGUUCUGCUAAUUUAAAUUCUAGCUUUUUGUCCAGUCAACAAUUUUAUAGUGUUAUGUCUGAUUUACCACAAACUGCAAUACAAAACUCACGCACAAUUUCAACACCAACAGAAAAAGCCGAUGAAAGUGUUACUGAAGAAAAUUAUUCAGAAAAUGAGUCUGUGUGUUACUCAAACAAAAAAAUUCAAUUUGCACAUUUUGUUGGAAAGCAGGAUAUUCGAAUAAAAAUGAAACAAUCAGAAGCAAUAAGUGGCCCAAAAGUUUCGUUAGAAUUUCAGUUCAAUUUAGUAAAUGUAUUCCUUUCUCCCCGACAAUUACAUUUAUUAUUAGCAUACUAUGAAAUUUGCUUUAAAAAUAAAGAUUACCUUAUGGAGAAGAAAGAUUGCGUUAAUGUCAAAGAAACUAAAGAUUCUGAAAAACUAAGAAAAAGGCAACAGAAUAGAGUGUCUUCAAAUAUGUCUGGCAAUAUUGGAAAUAUGGGUGGAUGGUCUUUCGACCCCAUACAAGACGAUUUAUUUUCUUUUUCAGGAGAUUUACCAAAAUAUUCCUCUUCUAUAAAAAGUGAUCAUAUCAGUGAAAGCAAAAGUAAUUUCUGCAGUUUUGAAUAUGCUGAAUCAGUAAAUAGUUCUAUGACAACAAGUACAUCAACAAGUUUUUCAUCAAAAUAUCAUAGAAAAUCUGCCCAUUUAUAUGACUCUAAUGGCAGUAUUUCAACAUUUAAUAUACGAAUUGCUUCUAUGACAGCAAUUUUUUUGCACGAAGAUAUAUUAUUAGAAAAUUCUACGCAAAUUGGUUUCCCACCGUUAAGUGAAGAUAGUGUUUCGCAGUUAGAAGAUUUAUCCAAUUUUUAUUUCAAAUCCAUGAUGGAACAGAAUGUCGAUAAUUUUAAGUGCAAUAAAAAUUAUUUGAAAGUUAUGUGUUCUCCAGUAAUAUUAGAUGGAGAACAACAAAGGAACAAUAGCAAUAAUAUAUUGAAAUUAAAAUGUUCACUUACGAAAGUAGAUAUUUUGGAAAUUCUAGACAACGAGCGCAGUCCUUUAGUUGAAUUUUUGAGGGACGAGAUAUGUAGUGAUGGCUUCCAUAAAAGACCUGAAAUCACAUUAUACUUAAAAUCCCAAGCACCUACAGUUCAAAAUAACAAAGGAAAAAAAGCUACUUUAAAAACGAAUUUGAAUUUGAAUUUAGAAUCUUGUGUAGUGGAUUUCGAUAUUUCAAUAAUAGAUCGGCUAAGUGCAAUUUUCAAUGGAACUCCUUUUAAAAUAGAUUAUAAAAAUAAUGAAAGCAAGAAACGGGAAGAAAGUGGCAUUUCUCCGAAUAAGCAAAAACAACCAACUUUUGAAUUGAAUCUUGAUUCGCCAAAAUUGAACUUUCGAUUAAGAUUCCCAAUUGUUGACUCAAGACCUCUACACGACCCCAAUAGAACACCGUGGUGGAAGAAAAAUAUUAGACCAGAUUUCCUCUUAUUUGACUUUCUUCAAUUUCGGUUAAAAAAUACAUCCACAUUAAUUGAAGUGUGCUCUAAUGAAGUUAAUUUUUACUAUUGUGAAAGCACGAAUGGAGAAAAAAUGCACGUUGGUAAAUCAACGCUAUUAAAUAAUUCUUGUGAUGAAAUUGAAUAUCCUAAAAUUUCCAUCGAGUUUCCUUCAGAUAAAUCUCUAAAAUCAUCACUGAAGCGUACUAUAGAUGACAGUGACAGCGGAGAAACAUCUGGAGAAAGUUGUAAAUAUUAUUCAAGAAAAAACCGCGAACCUUUGCCUUUCAGUUCUAAAAGAGUUUGUCGUCAAAGUGAUACAGUUCAUCAAAAAAACGAUUAUGAAGAUACUGAGACAAUACUUUUGCCAGGCGAAACAGUUGAAAUGAGGAAUUUUUGUGAAAAAGCAAUGAAAACUUCAAAAUUACAGUUUAAAGUUUUUCUUCCUAUAGCUAGUGUUCAAAUACAUUCGAAAAUGCUCUAUGAGUUAAUAUACAACCGUUUAAAUUCAGAUUUAUUAAUGUGGGAACCUACAGCACCAGGUCGCAAAAAAUCUUCGAAAGCCAAAGAAAAACUAACGAAACCGACAACACAUAACAACAUAGACCAAAUGCUAUGGAGUUGUGGAAUGUCGGAAUCUUUGUAUAUCCCAUCAACGCCUGAAACUAAUGAAUAUCAGGACAAAAGUGAUAAUGAUAUUAUAGAUGAUACAAAUUCGUCUUCCACUAAUAAUGAGAGCGAAUGCGAAUCAAAUAGUGUGUAUUACUCAACUUAUGAAAAUAAAAAUCGAAGCUCAAAACGAGUUGAAAAAAUUCCAUCGCUGGCGUUAAGUGAAUGCUCGUUUGAAUUAAUCGCAAAAGAAGCUCAGUGUACAUUUUUCACGCCCGUUAGAGAUUCAGAAAAUCGGGUUAUUCCAGGACAGUCAGGAGAAUUUGUAGUUAAUGUUGGAGAUUUCAAUUUAUUUUCAGUUAGUGGUUUUAAUGGCAAUGAAAAUUUAGCAUAUUUAUGUAUACAGUCAAACGCGGUUAAAUUAUAUCAUUGCGGUUUAACACCAACUUUAAAUGGCGAACCUAUUUUAAGAUUGAUAAAAACAGCAUUACCUGCUCACCUUUUACCUACAUUUUAUCCAACACCAAAUAACUCAACCCUAAGCACAUCCAAAGGCGUAGAUACUAGAGAAAUGGUUUCAUUUGCAAUUGAAAUUAAAAAAGUUCCACAAAACAGAAUAAAAAGAUUACGAAUAACAGCUGGAAUACAGAAUACAACUCUAAAAUAUAACCCCGCUGCAUCUCAACAUACAUGGUUAAAUCAAUUAAUCGACUUAUUUGACGUGGUGGACUAUCCGAUUCAAGGAUAUACUCCAUAUCAUGUUGUAACAGAAAUCCAGCUACACCUCUGGGAUUGCGCUAUAGAUUAUAGACCUUUACAUUUUCCGUAUCGGGCAAUAGUUGAAAUAGGAAAUUUUAUGUUAAGUAGUAAUAUAAUUUCAUCCGUUCCGGGCUGUACUUUAAGAUUCAUUGCAGAGGACUGUGUUUUAUCAUUAGCACAUUAUGACGUGAAGCAACAUCAUAAUAUAUCUAAACAUGGGAUUCCAUUUGUUAAUUCUAAAAAUUUAAUUCCUGUUUUGGAUGUAGGACUUGUAGAUAUUUCGUUACGAUUAAACGAUAAAAAUAGUGACUUACUUCCAAAGCUGGAUUUGAGGGCAUCUAUACAAGAUUUACAUUUAAGGACAUGUUCAGAUUCCGGUAAAGUGUUUGCUCAACUAAUAGCAUAUAUUGCGUCAGAUGGCGAUUUGGGUAAUGAAGAAAAUAAUUCUGAAGAGACAAAUUCUACUUCAAAUGAAAACUCCGCGGAUUUAUUAUCUGUGGAGGAACCACUGCCAACAAAUUUGGAAAUUUCUGCAAAGCAACAAGAGCGGGUUAGCGCUUUGAUGGCGGAAGCUUUACAAGAAACAGUUUUUCCAAAAAAAGGCUCAAAGGAUGAUGAUAAAAUAAAAACUGAAAAAGGUGUUGAGCUAUUUUUCUUCCCUGAUGAAACUAACCAGCACGUUUUAAAGGAUAAAGAAAAUCUUCUACAAGGUCAGGAAAAAAGUUCAAACGAAAUUGAACCAGAAAAAAUAUUGGCUGAAGAUGAAAGAAAAUCAACUACAGAAAAUUAUUCAACUGUAUCGCGAUCAAGCUCCGAAGAAUGGCGUUUUAAUAAACCACGCCGUGAAAGUGAAAGUAGUAAUGAAUUAAGAGAUCUGUUAAAUUUUGAAACGUCUGUUAUGAGUAUGUCAUAUAUGGCUGACGACGAAGUUGUUGAGGCAUUACCUCAGAUCAGAGAGGAAUUGGGAGAAAUACCCUGCAAAGUUUCUACAAAAGAUAUAUCUAGUCACUCAAGAAAAAGUAGUAUAAGUUUAGAUGACGAUUUUUAUUUUGUUGCUGAAGAAGAAAAGGCAUUAUUGACAAAGUGUGGUCACGAAAAUGUAAAAGUUUCCUCUGAUCCUUUAAGGAUUGUUGAUAACCAUUUCACCUUACCAACCGGUAAACCUGACCUACUGAAAGCACCAGAGGGCUUUCCUGUAGCACAGAUUAGGUAUACAUUGUGCGAAAUGACAGUAACAUGGCAUUUGUAUGGUGGACAUGAUUUUCCGACGAAAGAGGAAACAAACAACGAUGUCUUAAAAAACAAAGAAAAUUUAAGGCCCCGAAAAUAUGAAAUGUCAGAAGCAUACAAAAUGGGAGUUUCCUUUUCAAAGGGACAUCAAUCAGUUCAGUUUGGUAGCAAAAAGCCAAUUUCAAAAUUAUCUUGGAAAACAAAGGGUGGACCUGAACGCAAGCAAGAUGUGUUGGUUGAAAUUCAACUGACGAAAGUACGUCUCUCACAUGAAAUAUAUCCGAAGACUACAUCACAGGCUUCGCGCCAGGUUCUUAUAAUUUCUGAAAUGGAAAUUCGCGAUCGGUUGCAAACUUCAGAAAUAAAUAAAUUUUUGUAUCAUCCAACUGCCAAAAAUUUAUCUAAUAAAAGUUCUCAACAUAUGAUCGUUAUUAAAGCGUUGCACGUUAGACCAAAUCCUUACAAAUCGAAUACACAAGAAUGUUCUUUACGAAUUUCUUUACUUCCCUUACGAUUGAAUAUUGAUCAAGAUACCUUGCUAUUUUUAGUUCAGUUUUUCAAUGAAUUAAGUAGUAAUGAAUCCGAUGCUGACGAUUCCAGUAAUUUAAAAAAAAAUGCAAACCAAUUACAAGAGCCUGUAAUGAUGGUCGAUGAUAUUCCAGAAGCAUUACAUGAUUUACAAGCUAGAAAAUUAGUUUCGACCAAUUUGGAAUUAUUGAUGGAAGAAGAUCACCAUAAGAAUUUGAGCAAAGAACAUGAGACGACUUCAUCAAACGAACAUUCAAAUGAAAAUAAAGUUGAAGAUAGUGUCCCUAUUUACUUUAGGGAAAUCGUUUUUAGUCCUGAAGUUUUGAUUCGAUUGGAUUAUCACGGAAGAAGAAUCGAAAUGUCCAGAGGUCCGGUAGCUGGUCUUCUAAUGGGCUUAGGACAACUACAGUGUUCUGAGAUACGUUUGAAAAAGAUUGUUUAUAGACAUGGGCUAUUGGGUGCAGAUAAGUUGCUAAACUAUUUAUUCAAAGAAUGGCUCCAAGAUAUAAAGAAAAAUCAAUUACCAACAAUUUUAAGUGGUGUGGGGCCCAUGUAUACUUUAGUACAACUAUUUCAAGGAAUUCGUGACUUGUUUUGGUUGCCAAUCGAACAAUAUCAAAAAGAUGGAAGAAUCGUACGUGGAAUACAACUUGGUGCUCAAAGCUUUACAGCAAGAACUGCUUUAGCAGCAUUAGAAAUCACAUCACGAAUCAUCCAUUUAUUACAGAUUACUGCUGAAACAGCUUUUGAUUUAGUUUCGCCGGGUCCAUCUGUCAGACGCGGUCGCCAUAACCGGAAAGGUAAACGCAAACGACCACACCGGCCACAAGACAUAAGAGAAGGUGUAGCAAAUGCUUAUCAAAUUGUCAAAGAAGGAAUCAAUGAAACUGCACAAACUUUAAUAGAAAAUACAGUUGCUGAACAUGAUCAAAAAGGAUACACAGGGGCCGUUGGUGCAGUUUUUAGACAAAUUCCACCAAUUAUGGUUUGCCCGGUUGUUCUUGCUACGCAAGCAACAACAAAUGUUUUAGGUGGAGUAAAAAAUCAAUUAGUACCAGAUGCCAGAUUGGAAGCUAAAGAAAAAUGGAAAGAAGAUACCGAUUGAUUAAAUUUUCUUUUAGUCAUUUUAAGUUUUUAAAAAAGGUUUUUUAAUAAUACUUAUAUAUAAAAUAUUCGUAAAAUAAAAGUUUUUUUCGUAGGUUUUGCUUAUUUUAAAGUGAACAUUAUCUUACAAAACACAAAAACAUAUUUACUAAAGAUAAGAAUUAAUAAUUUGCAUUUUAUUAACACAAAAUUAACAACACAUAGUAUAAUUAUAAUUUUAUAAAUUAGAUACAUACGGUUUUUCACAAUAAUUGAUAUAAAUUUUAUGCAAUUUUUGAAAAUCAGCAAUUCAAUUGUACCUUAUGUACAAUAAUUUAUGGAACAUUAUGUACAUGUACAGUAAUAAGAUACCUACAGUACGUGUCUUAUCCAACAUGAAAAAGAUUAUGUACAUUAUGUACAUAUGUAGGAAAGUGCUUUGAAAAUACGCUAAAAUUUUGUAAAUUCAAAAAUUUCUAUAUGUUUUAUGAAAUAAUCGCGUUUAAUAUCUCGUUUUUAAGAAUACUUGAUACAAAUUAACAAGUUUUUAAUUUUUGUGAAAUAUGUACGAAUCUGGUCUAAGAAUUAUUUAAGUAUCAUUAUAUUUGCUAUAUUAUCUGAUAAAAAAGGAGGAUUAAGUGUAUAAAUUUUGAUUUCUUAAUUUUUUAACCUUUAGCAAAUUAUAUUUUUUUUUUUUUUGCAAUCUGUCAAUACUUGGAAUUUUAUUAAUUUGCAACUUGGAUAAAAAUUACAUUAAUAUUAAACUACGAUUUAAGUAAUCUUUUAUGCUAUAAUUUAAAAUCUAGACUGGUUAUGUUGCGUCCUAGGUUCGAUUAUAUAUGUAAGUUUAUAUCAACAAAAUUUUACAAUAAAGAAUUAAAAGCUGUUAUCUAUUAUAAUACACAAUUCUCCAUAAUAAGGUUAAUUUGCAAUUUUACCAUUUGCUGUCUUGUUUUAUUUGAAAUUAUUUAUUUAACAGAUCAAUAAGUUGUACUCGCAUGUAAGAUUUCGUAUUCUUUUUUCAAAAUAACUAUAAUACUGCGUUUUCAUUUUUGGAUUAUAUAAAAUUUAUCGGACAGUUAUUAUAAACAGUUAAUAUUUAUUUGUCUUGCUCAAAGUUAUUCAGAACUUUAAUUCAUUUGAAAAAAUUUAAAACACUAAUAUACAUGUGUGUAUGUACAUCAAAAAAAUUUCAAUAGAUGAAAAAUUUUAGAAUUUAUAACGAAAAAUAGAUUCUCCUAGAAAUAUAUACAUGCUUCUAAUAUUAUCAUUAGCAUACAAAUCUUUUGCAAAAAUGAAAACGCUUAAAAUAUAUUAUAAGAUUACUUCAAAAAUUUCAUCGUACAUGUUUUACGAUCACUGAAUACAUCUACAUACAUAUAUUAAAAAAAUUAAAAAUGUUUAGAUAAUAAACAUAAUAAAGUUGAAACUUUUUAAAGAUUUGUUUAAAGAAAAACGAAAAUUAAUACGCAAAACAAAAUGGCAAAAAAAAUAGAAUAUGAAAUUGAAAUGGUAGUAAAUGUAACUCUUCUAAGUGGAAAUCAGAAUUAAUUUAAAAUAUAAAACUAAACUUGAUAUAUGAAAACCAGAUUUGCUUAAUAAUUGGUAUCUGCUUUUCAAAAUCAAAAAAUAAUUUAAAUUUAAUAGGAAUAUAUAAUAUAAUCUUUUCUUAUAUACUACUACUACUACAUAAUAUUUUAAAAUUUAAUAAAAAGAAAUACACAAAAUAUUGCCAAUUCUUAACUAAAUUAAUGUUCACAUCAAUAUUUUCUUAGUUAGCAAUGAUCUUAACAUUAAAAAAAAAUGGUGCUGAAAUAGUUCAUAUUAUAAGUAAAGUUCAUAAAGUAAAAAAAAAAAGAAACAAUAGUAUAAAGGAAAAAUUGAGUGUAGGUGUUUAAGAGUAAUCUGAUUUAAUUAUUUUAAGUAGAUGUUUUGUUUAACCAAUAUGUAUGUAUAUAAAUACAUAAAUAUACAUAUUUAUUAUCAUAAAUUUUCCAAUUAGUUUCUUAAAAUUAAAAGGUUCUAAAAUAUAGUAAUAGCUGGUAAUAUUUUGAUAAUAAAAAAAAAAUUAAGACGAUAUUUUAAUUCUUUUACAUCAUCUAAAAAUGCAAGUAAAUUUUAAUAAUUUUUUUUGAUGUAAAAGAAAUUGAGUUUAUUCAAUAUUAAAAAAUGAACAGAGUUUUUUGUAAAUUGUAAUUUUAAAUUUAAAUUGUAUUCUACAAAAAAUAUAUUCUUUUAAGUUUUUUCUAGUUAUAUUUGCCUUUUAAAAUUUCAAAUUGAAUAAUCACAAAUACGAAUAUUGUAAUUUAUUUUCCAAAUUGUAGAUAACAUUGUAACAUUUUGUAGAUAAGCGUAAAACACAAACUAUCCCCAUGUAUUUCCUCAAAUAUAAAGAGCUACAUGUUUUGAAAUAUUAGGGUUUUGUUUUAUAACAUUUAUUACUAUAAUUUUAUUAGUAAUAAACGUUAUAAAACCAAAAUAAAUUUUAUUGUAAAAAAUAUAACAUACAGUUCUAAUAUUUCUAAAAAUUUGGAAUUUUUUUUGCUUUGAUCUACAAAUGUAAGAAAUGCUGGCACUGGGAUCAUUUCUGUUAAAAUUAUUUUUAUGCAAUAUAAAAAUAAAACACAAACGAAAUAAAUAUUUAAAUUCGGUAACCAUUAAAAAUUUUGAUUUUUCAGUUUGUUUUUAUGACAAACAAUUUGUUUAUUUAAUUGAAAAAUGUAAAGUUAAAAAUUUAUUACAAGUUUUUAAAAAAUAAAAUAAUUAUAACGACCAAAAAAAUUUAAAUCAUCGAUAAUGAAUUUUUAUAAUUACCGUAAUUAUAAAUUUAUUAUUAUGUAUAAAAAUAAUUAGAACCAUUUUAAUAUUUUUAUUUAGAUUUGUUAAAAAAAAAUCGUGAAUUAUUCAUUUGAAAUUAUCAACGCAAUUCUGCGUUACACAUACAUAAAUAAAUUCAAAAAAGUUCAAAUCAUUUUUUAUAUAAAGUCUUUAACAAUGAAAAUUUAAAAUCAUCAAUCGAUUAAUAAAUAUUAAGAAAAAAAAAUAAAUGCAAUAUAUUUGAAAUUUUGCAAUCAGUAACUAAACUGCAAAUUUACUAUUAUUAAAAAGGGUUUUCAUGAAAAAAUGGUACGAUAAAUUUCUAAAAUAAAAUUAAAAAUGUUUCUUUUUUUUUCAAUGUACAUUAUUGUUUAGCAAGCUUUUUAAAUGGUAGUGAGCCUCUAUUGCAAAAAUUUAUUGCUUCUAUUCUACAACUUUAGUUUAGCUAGCUAAAUUUUAUAAUAAAAUUAUGUCCUUUAUAUUAAUCUUUAAUUUAUAUGCACAUUUUAUCUAUAUAUUGUCUAUAAAAAUAUUUUUAAAAAAAUUUAAAAAGUCUAUAAACUGUAAUUAUUUUAAUUAUGUAUAAUGAAAUUUAAAAGAAUAAAAAUUUACAAUCAUUAUAUUUAAAAAAAAACAAAAAUAAUAAUCGAAAAUUUUAUGUCAAGUUAAAUAAUCAAUCUUCAAUCGAAAAACUUUUUAUUAAUUAAUGAAUAGUUUUAAUAUUAAAAGAAAUUUUCUGAGAAAAGUGUGUGUUUAAUGUAUUAAUGAAGAAUAUGUACGUUUUAUUUCGCAUUAUAUUUUUUUUUCCUGCUUAUCAUAUAAUAAUUUAAAAUAAGAGUUUUUUUUUUAGAUAUAAAACAUUUUUUUACGAAACAUAAAAAUUUGAAUAUAUUAUACAUACAAUUAUACAUACAUAAAUUUAAUAGCAUAUUAACAUGUAAAUAAAAUUUAAAUGUGAUAAUUUAAGUGAAUAGUUGUCGAAAUAAACAAAAAGUUUUAUUGAA